UAUAUUACCGACUUUACCCUCGUCUUGACCAAAAUCAGAGGAAAAUAUUGAACUCUUUGCACAAAUUUCUCGCAAACACAGCAAUGGCAGAAGUGCAGAGAAGACCAGGAGGAAGGCCGCUGCCUCCGUCGGCGAGGGGUCCACCACCGCCUCCUGCCACCAAGCCUGGGCCUCGCUCGGAACCCGUCGAUCGGGAGAAGACUUGUCCAUUGUUGCUUCGUGUUUUCACUAAGGUUGGAGGCCAUCAUACUGAUGGGGAGUUUGCGGUGAGGGGCAAGGAACCCAAAGAUGAGGUUCAAAUUUAUACAUGGAUGGAUGCGACUCUACGUGAAUUAACUGAUCUGGUUAAAGAGGUUGCUCCAGAGGCAAGAAGAAGAGAUGCUAUUCUGUCCUUUGCUUUUGUAUAUCCUGAUAAACGUGGUCGUUUUGUGGUUAGAGAGGUGGGAAGAACCUUUUCUUACCCCAAUGGGAGGCGACCUGACAGUGGAAGCAAAGCCUUGAGUGAGCUUAGCUUUCAGGUAAAUCCUGAUUUCCUCUACACUUGCGCAAGACAAUUGUUGUGAAAAAUUGCAAUAUUUGCCCCCAACCUAUUCCUCUGAUAGCAAGUUGUUUCCCAAGUCCCAACCUUAAAAAAUGAGCAAGUUAUUCCAAGACUUUUCAGGAAUUU